AUGACCGGUUGCUCCAGGCGAAGAGACGAAGGCAUGGGAAUCCGCGCCUUGCUUCUUUGCGACCCCCAUAACCCACUCGGACGGUGCUACCCUCGCGACACAAUCAUCGCAAGCAUGCGGCUGUGCUCGAAGUACGGAAUCCAUCUCCUGUCGGACGAACUCUAUGCCAUGUUGAUCUACGACGUCUCCAACAAGGAUGCCGUUCCCUUUACCAGCGCGCUGUUCUUUGACGGCUCCGAGUACAUCCAAAAGACUAUCUGCAUGUGCUUUAUGGCAUGA